CACGGCGUACAUUACUUGGCCUAGCGGGCUUGUAGAAGAACGAAAUUUGAAUCGAACCGGUGCAGCACUCUGCACUUUUGCUUUUUUGCUACAGCCUCUCAGUCACCAUGGCACCAUUAACGGUAAAGUUAGCCGUGGUCGUUGUCUUGGCCAUUGUUUGCAAGGCUUCUUCCGAAGGACAAGAACAGGAAGGAAAUCAAGAGUCAACGGGAGACGCCGGAGUUUCCCAAAGUCUCUUGGAAUGCUACGAUUUCGUAGUAGUGGGUGCUGGUUCCGCGGGGAGUGUCGUGGCCAACCGACUGUCUGCCAACGGAACAUUCAAGGUUCUUCUCCUCGAGGCCGGCGACAAUGAGACCUCCGAUCUGCUCGUUCCUUUCUUCGCUCCGUUUGCAGCCAAGCCUAGCAACACCUGGAUGUACACCACGAUACCGCAAACCAAUUCGUGCCUCUCUUUCCCAGGACAUGUGGCUGUGAUGACCUUGGGCAAAGUUAUGGGCGGCACCAGUUCCAUCAACUCGAUGAACUUCGUGCGCGGAAGCAGGCACGACUUUGACAAGUGGGAAAAAGAAUACAAUGCCACCGGCUGGAAUUACACCAGUGUGUUGCCAAACUUCAAGGCCAUCGAGUACUUCAAUGUGAGCGGCGUGUCCGAAGAAGAGAGAAACAUGUACCACGGAAUGAUGGGAGAGACACCGAUCAACUAUCCUCGCUACAACACGUCACUGAGCUACGCUUUUCUCAACGCGUGCAGCGAGUCUAACUACGAAUACGUCGACUACAACGGCCAAAAUCACACGGGUUACUCAAGAGUGCAAUCCAACACUGCCUACGGAGUGAGAAUGAGUGCAAGCACGUGCUUCAUACGGAAUGUACAACAAAACCGCUCAAAUCUUCACAUUUCUCUGAACAGCACCGUAACUAAGAUACUUUUUGACGACAACAAACGAGCCACUCACGUUUUCUUCACUCAAAACGGCGUCGAAAUGAACGUAACUGUCGGCGCCGAGGUGAUCCUUUCCGCGGGAGCCAUCAAUUCUCCAAAGCUGCUCAUGCUGUCGGGAAUCGGGCCUCAAGAGGAUCUGAAGAAAAGCAACAUCACUCCUCUGGUGGCGGACCUUCCAGUGGGUGUGGGACUCAUGGAUCACAUAAUUUUCCUAGGCCUCGUUGUAACCACGACUAACGAUGAAGUAGGAAUACGCAACAUAAAUCAGAGCAUCAUAGAGUACUACACAAAUCAGACAGGACUUCUCACCAUACCGGGUACCUUCGAAGUACUGCUGUUCACCAAUAGCGGCGUGGGCUCGCAGGAACUUGAGGACUACCCCGACAUAGAGCUGGAACUUGCGGACGUUUUUCCUAGCCCGCAAAUCGCACAGUCGCCGUACGUUUCGAAUGAGACGUAUGAUAAAUACUACAGGCCAAUGUUCAACUACACCGGCUUCAUGAACGCCCUAGCCAAUGUUCAACCAAAGUCUCGUGGCACCGUCAAGCUCAACUUCACGAACCCGAACGGACCGCCACUCAUCGACCUACAAUUUUUGUCUGAACAAGAGGAUGUGGACAGAAUAGUAAACGGUACCCUUAAAAUAAUGCCGCUCUUCAAUACGAGUGCCAUGCAAGGAAUUGGUGCGAAGAUCUGGAACGGCUCCUACCCAAAGUGUGAAAACUAUACUAUGUGGUCCAAAGAAUACAUAGAGUGUUUCGUCCGGGAGGCUGCUUUCCCUGGACAACACGUUUGUUGCACUUGCCCUAUGGGCGAGCGGAAUGACUCGGUCGUGGACUCGAGACUCAGGGUCAAAAACGUCACCAAUGUUCGAGUUAUUGAUGCUUCAGUGAUGCCCAAAUCACAGCCGGGAACAUCAAUGCGGCAGUCAUGAUGAUCGGCGACAAGGGAGCGAAGAUGGUAUUAGAAGAUUACUACAGUUCUUUGACGAAAAGUACCGAAUUGAAAAAUAUUUUUCUCAACAACCGCUGCUCUACUAGUGGGGCGCG